AUUCACCCGCAACCUGCAGUUGCAGAAUCAAGGCACGAGAUAACUGGAGCUGCUGUUGGCAUCACUGGAAAUAGCAGCAAUGAGACAGCAAAUGAAGAACCAAGAGCUCAUUGCCACAGAAACCUAGCACUUGUUAUUGACCUACAACCAAGAGAAAAUCCUACAGUUCUGGAGUUAGGAGAACUAAGACAGCUGAGUAUCGGAAGCAUGGUUUGUUACGUUAUUUCAUUGUUUCUUACAACAUAAAAACAGCCCUCUUAAAAGAGGGUCGGAAUGAGGUUAACCGUUACCCGUCAAACGGCCUUGAAUUUAACCGUCAAAAAAGGUCACUUUUUUACCGUAAACCAUCAAACGCAGGUCAAAAUUAACCGUAAAAAAGUUUUAAGGUUCUUCAAAUCUCACUACAGUUGACUCUCGAUAACUUGAACCAUCAAGGGAAAUCGAAAACAGUUCGAGUUAUCGGGAGUUCGAAGCAACAUAACCAGAAGUAAGGAAAUAGAUGGGGGAGGAAUGUGUGAAACUGAGAAACAGCUUUUUCACUUAACCACCAGUGUGGAACCAGGUUUUGCCUUCACAAAAGGGUAAAUCGAUUGACGGGGAAAAACUCUAAAACUCUCUGAGAAAGGCCUUUUCCUGGGGACACUCGCUGGUUGCGGGAAGACACGGAAUCUCUUACGCCCGUUGAAUACCCUUGAGACAAUGAUUAUAAGUUUAAUCCAAGACUUUAGUGCGGGUACAGUCAAAACAUAACCAGCCAAAAUGUAACCAAGACUAGAUGCAAAGAGGAUAACCGAAGAAGCUCCUACAAAGCACUCGAAGCUAGAGAAGCGAUACAGAUUACAUCACGACUCAACGAGUCAAAUUACAAAGCACGACAAUCAUUUCUAAAAGGCUAUUGCUGGAAACCUUCUUAGAGGGUUGGUUUUGAAAAUCCAAAUGGUAAUUGAACAUUUGUCUGAAUCAUACGCGUGAUUUCAAAAUCGAACGAGCGCGCAGCGCGACUUCGAUAAAUCACAAGCUUUCUUAGACCAAAAUUGAUUACAGCUCCAUUUUGAAGACUUUAAAUACAAUUAUUUUAUUGAUCGAAUAAGUUUUGUUAAAAGUAAAUCAAAAAGCAGAUUCAUUUUGUAUUCGGAAACAGAAAUUUUAUAGAAGAAAAAUGGUGCAAAAAAUAAAUGAUGCGAUUUCUGAACAUUGAAUGACUUUUGGAACAGAUGCUUUAGAGCAAAAAAUGAGAAAGGAAAAAUCAACUAAACAACAAUCAGAUUCACUAGCCGGUGAUUUCAAAUUUAAUUAAUCAAUUAUGACUUGAGUUUACUCGAUUUAUCAACAGAUUGUUUACAGCUUAAAGAAUUUAAGACUAAAGAAUAAAAGAUUUCUACAUUGGCUUUUCACAUCUUCAUCAGCGAAAGCAAACAACCAAACCCUUUGAACAAUAAAUCCUCUCUUCACAAAUAUAAUUAUCGUGCACAAUUCGCUUUAGGGCGCAGUUGGGAAUAUACCGAUAUUUUUAAAAGGAAAAAGCAACAAAGGUUGAUUAUUAAAUCAGUACAGUGCUAAACAUUGUAUUUGAAUUGGACUGACAAAAAAGUAAAGAAGCUUAAAGACAAAGAAUACACGGUGGUUUUCAGAGAAAUUAAUGUUUUGGACUCCAGUUCACUACGUUUUUUCGAUUUGUCAAGCGCUUCAAACAUGGUUCGAGUUAUCGAGGGUAAGAGUGUAUAGAAAUUAUCUGAAGCCGAGGAAACAAAAUUUCUUCCAGUUAUUGAGGGUACGAGUUAUCGAGGGUUCGAGUUACCGAGGGUAAAUUUACCGUAAACGGUAUAAAGGAAUUCCAGGGAAAUAGAUUGGUUCGAGUUAGCGAGGGUUCGAGUUAUCGGGAGUCGACUGUAUUUCAGCUGAUCUUCACUGAAUUCUGGCUUCUGGACAAUAUCAAAGAAUCAGUGAUAUCUGGAAAACCAGUUCUCAUGUUCUCAAAAACACUCUCUCUAGGUCAGGCAUUACAAGUCUUACAAGACCCUCCAAUUUACUUAUAUCUGAAAAAAUUUCGAAAUUUUAUGAGUGAAAGGCCAAGACAACCUCCAAAACACAAAAGUCCAAGAUGUAUUUCUACAGAAGUUGAUAUUUACUUUCACUCUUGUACUAAAUGUACACUAAUAACCGUCAAUCGUCAAAAGCUUUGAAAUACAACCGUCAACAAUUGGAAAAAAUUAAUCGUCAACAAACCCAUUGAGAACCUCUCUUAACUUAAGUCGUGCUCUGCAAAUGCAGCCACUUGAAAUCUUAUCACUUCCCAACCGCCGAUUCGACGAUUCGACGCCGAUUCGCCGAUUCAACGACGAUCUUUAGCGCAACACAGCGUUGCAGUGUUGGAACAAUGUUGUUACUAUUCGAAACAAUGUUGCAACAAUGUUGCAAAGCUUUGUUGAGCUAAAAAUCGUCGUUGCGAAUCGUCUCGUGUAACAUCACCUUUAAAGCCCUAAACGCUAAGGACUUUGCUAAAGGCGCAACACAAUGUCGCAAUGUUGGAACAAUGUUGUGACCAUUCGAAACAAUGUCGUAACAAUGUUGCAACUCUGUGUUUCACUAAAAAUCGUCGUUGCGAAUCGUAUCGUGUAACAUCACCUUAACGUUGGUGAUGUUACACAGGACGAUUCGCAACGAAGAUUUGUAGCGCAACACUGCGUUGCAGUGUUGGAACAAUGUUGUAACCAUUUGAAACAACGUUGCAACAAUGUUGCAACGCUGUGUUGCGCUGAAAAUCGUCGUUGCGAAUUGUCUCGUGUAACAUCACCUCAAGUAGGGCCCUGAAUUUUUAAGUUCUUGGUAGCAGAAAUGUAUUUUCUGCGAUACAUUAAUUUUUUUCUAUUCUUCCCUUUAGGAAGAAGACAUUUGUCGCAUUUGCCAUGGAAAUAGGGACGUGGAAGAACUUGUUAGGGUGUGUCGCUGCAAAGGCACCACAAAGUACGCCCACAAAAGCUGCGUGCUUCGAUGGUUCAAAAUGACGUACAGGUUCCACUGUGAGCUGUGCCAAUACAAAAUGAAAAUCAAAAAAGAGGGAUGUAAGCCUUUGAAAGAGGUAUGGCAAUUUGAAACACACCAAGUCAAAUUACUGUCAAGUCGUUUAGGUAAAUCACUACCAUCGUGAGAACUCAUUUAGUCCCAAUAGUGACCAAGAUCAAAUUUCUCCAAACGAUCCAUACACUGUCAAGAGAUAAGUUAUAAGCAUUAAUAAAAUGAUCACACAAGAGAAAAUGCCUUGAUCUAUUAUCAAAUUCUCUCUACUUAUUCUUUAAGGAAAUGUAUGGAGAUCAGUUUGGAGAAUUUGUAUGUGGAUACUGGGGCUUAAAGGGUUAAUUUGUUUUUCACUCUCAGAGCUUCGAAUUCCACUCUCAUUUAAUGAAUAUGUCAGAAUACUUUAAGCUUCCAGACUUCAACCCUGAUUUAUUAGAUAUAGCUAUGGUAAAAAGCUAUGUAAGUUGAAUGAAAUAGGAAUGUCUCUCAUAUUGGCAAAACACCCUUACUGACGAGCCCCAAAGAGGGCGAAACAGCUGUCUAUGGCUACAAUCCCGCUCUGGUUUAAGUUAUUUCGGUGUCGUGUUGAUGUUUCGCAGAGUUAAUUUUCACGUAUUGCAGGAUUCUGCUUGCAGAAUUUAAUAUGUCUAAUUCUCAAAAACUUGAAUUUAAUAGAUCUUUUAAAACCGAUCAUACCCCCUCUAGUUACUUAGACUUAACAAGAGGAACAGCUGGGAGAAGGGCUUUAGUAAAACUACGAACGAGCAAUCACAAACUAAUGAUAGAAAUAGGCAGAUACAAUCAAACUAGGAAGGAUAAUAGGCAUUGCCUUUUUUGUGGAUGCAAUGUAAUGGAAGACGAAGUUCACUUUCUUUUUCAAUGUCCUACAUACUGUAUGAUUACGAAUGAAUUUUACUAUGUAAGUCAAGACUCUGAUUCCAAAUAUUACCCAGUUACCUAUGAACGGUUUGGGAUGAUCAAUGAACUGAUCUGAACUCUUCUAAUUACUUUAUCAAUAUACAGUUCACAAAAUACAUUUCAGUUUGUUUUGAUGUUCGUGACAAAAUAUUAUCAAAGUAACGUAAUUGCCCUGAGUUGUAAUUUUUGAUUCCUAAACAGCUAAACUGAAUAGCUUUUGCAAUACUGUAUGUGCUUGUAUGGUCAUGCAAAUAAAGCUAGUUGUUGUUGUUUUCAGAUUAGUUUCAAAUUGUAAAAAGUUGAUUUAGGUGCUAGAGCAAUGUAAUGUUUUAAACUUCAUAGGUCCUAUUCAUUUUCAUUUAAUUUUGCAAAUAUUGGCGAAAUUUUCUCAGGUUGAAUCCGAAAGGACCGUAUUCAAGUGUUGAAAAAGAAAAAGACAACUUUUGUGUUGUGUUCACCUCAUAUGAAGCGAGCGUGUGAAAUUAGGAACUUUCAUGUCACAGGGCUGCAACGACGGCAAAGAAAUGAACAAAAUAGCGUGAUGCACGUCAAAUUUGUUGUUUUGUCAAUAAAAACCGAUUACUUUUCUGCCGUUCUCCUUCCGUCGCCGUUGUCACUGGUUUUGUUGUCAUCAAGAAAUAGUGCUACCAAAAAAGUCCAUGGUGACGUGACGUCACUCUUCUCCUUUCUAUUGUGUUACCCGCUAAGCGUCCAAUGUGUUCUUCAGUGGAGCUAUCUAUGUGAUCUUGCGUCCUUGAGGAGUUUUCAAUCGCCUCUAGGGCUCCAGCACUACAGUCGAGGACGAAGACGACGAUCGACUGCCAUGACGAAAUUUAACUUCAAGUUUUUUGUACUUUUUUUUCACCAAAGAAGCGUUAAGGUGAUGUUACACGGAACGAUUCGCAACGACGAUUUUUAGCGCAACACAGCGUUGCAACGCUGGAGCAAUGUUGUAACCAUCCGAAACAAUGUCGCAACAAUGCUGCAACGCUGUGUUGCGCUAAAAAUCGUUGUUGCGAAUCGUCUCAUGUAAUAUCACCUUUAGCAGUACGAACCUAAUCAAACAUGUCUAAUGGUUGUAUGUUUUUUCAGUGGCGCUAUCCAUGUGAUCUGGGAUCCUUCCUGAGUUUUCUGGCAGUGUUUACAGUUCAUAUCCUGCAUGGAAUCGUUUUAGUGCUGAUUAUUACGAUUGCAGUGAUGAAGAAAUGUUUCACGGUGACCUGCAUAACUCUCAUUCUGCUUUGUUUUGCAAGUAAGUUUGGCAUGAUAUAAAUAAGACUAUAAGAAAAAAAAGAAGCCAUCCUAUCAGUCCUAUCUGGGGCGCUUUCUGCAGAUAGAAACCGUUUUCGUUAAAUGAAAAAUGAGAUACUGACAGACUUUGAAAAUGGAUUUUUAUUUUCCAUUUCGUUUUAGUUUUCUAUCCUCACGUAAACUUAGCUUUCGCUCACCAAAAUCGUCAUCCUCCCUCAGAAAAUUUUGAAAUCUAGAGGCUCAGAAAUAGUAUUUUUAACAUGAGAUAUUUCUCUAAAAAAACUCAACUUGGAUAAGGUGUAAAAUAAUUUUUAAUGAUGAACUAGUGAGCAGCACACUUACACUUCUAGUGAACAUUUUCACUUGGAAGAAGGAGAAACCAUGCUCGCCGGGGGCAACGAAAAUUUUCGCGCCCCGGGCGAGCAUGGUUUCUCCUUCUUCCAAGUGAAAAUCUUCACUGGAAGUGUAUGUGUGCUGCUCACUAGUCCAUCAUUAAAAAUUAAAAUAUUAAAAAAAAAAGUACCUCGGGGCUCGAGAAGCUCAUUUAAUACGCAUCGUGUUCUCCCAACAUCCUAAGUGGGUUAUCGUGCAGGUAAACCCAUAGAUAGUGUGGUCUAUUGCUUUUAUAAAAUAACUUUAAGCUUUCUAUGAGUCUACCGGCGCAAUAAAGCAUAGGUUUUUAAAUAAUCAGAACGCGCGCACUAUCUUAGUUAUUUUAUAAUUGAUCGCAGGCUAUAACUGCUCACGCAAUUCAAUAUUUUUUCCUGACCUUUAGUCAUGUUAAUGAUCUUCUUCUUCUGUGAUGGCUGUGGAUACCUGAAAUACUGCAAGCGACAGUGGACAGUAAGAAACAACCGUUGGGAUAUAUCCACUUACGAAGAGGAAUCGUCACACCAGUGAAAGCACAGAUUACCAGGGAGCUUUAGCAAACACUCAACGACGACCAUAACGACAACGUCGUAAAACAAUUGGUAGUCAUGAACAAAACAACAGCCCUCCAAGUGCAUCACGAUUUUUAGUACAUUUCUUUGACGUCCACUUAACCAACUUUUCACUGCACGACUACGACGUGAAACUUUUUAAUGCGACAUUUUAUGAAGGACGUGAAAAUACGAAGAAGACUUUCCUUUCUCUUUUUGAACCUGCAUGAGCGAGUUCAAAUAGACGCGACUAAAACAAGAAGGUCUCCACCCAACCUUUUUCGUUUAGUUGUAAAUCUAGCCAAUUUUUUUGAAAACCAGGCUAACGAAAUUUGCAGUCAUUUGAGUGAUAAGGCGUCAAGAGGCAUGUUUCGUGUUAAGCCCGAUGAACUUCAAAAUCACAGUAACGAAGGAAAUUAA